AUGUGUUCAUACAACCGCGUCAACGGAACAUAUGCCUGCGAGAACAGCAAGCUCAUGAAUGGACUUCUCAAGACUGAGCUUGCGUUCGACGGGUUUGUGUUGCUGGAUUGGAACGCGCAGCAUAAUCUUGAGAGUGCGAAUGCGGGACUGGAUAUGGUUAUGCCGAUGGGGGGAUUCUGGGGAGAGAAUUUGACGAUGGCUGUUGAAAAUGGGACUGUUCAGGAGGAGAGGGUGACGGACAUGGCUACAAGAAUCCUGGCCGCUUGGUACCUCGUCGGCCAAGACGUCGACUUUCCAACCCCCGGGAUCGGAAUGAAGAACCUUUCUCUUCCUCACGAGCAAGUCGAAGCUCGCAUCCCCGAAUCACGACAAAUUUUGCUCGAGGGCGCUAUUGCAGGGCAUGUACUCGUCAAGAACGUAAACAACACUCUUCCCUUCGCCGAAAAGCCCAAGAUGAUCUCUGUCUUUGGAUAUGAUGCCACAGUUGCCAAGACGAAGAAUACGGAUAAUCUUUUCCAGCUGGGAUAUACUUCAUCACCGGAGAUGGGACAAGCUGUUCUUGGCACUGAAGAGCAUUUUGACCAAGCUGCCAAGGGAGGAACGAUUGUUUCGGGUGGUAGGGCGGCUGCUAACUCACCGCCAUACAUCAGCGAUCCCCUCAGCGCAAUUCAGCAGAGAGCUGCCAAGGAUGGGAGCUGGGUGAACUGGGACCUUUCAUCCUCUAACCCUGACGUGAACGGCGCAACGGAUGUCUGUCUCGUUCUUAUCAACGCCAUGGCAACUGAAGGAUGGGACCGCGAUGGUCUUCACGAUGACUUCAGCGACGCCCUGAUACUCAACGUUGCAUCGCAAUGUGCCAACACGAUUGUUACAAUCCACGCAGCAGGCAUUCGUCUCGUUGAUCAGUGGAUUGACCAUCCAAACAUCACCGCAACAAUUAUCGCUCACCUUCCAGGCCAAGAUAGUGGCGAGGCGCUCGUGAAACUUCUUUACGGCGAGGCCGAUUUUUCAGGAAAGUUGCCGUAUACCCUGGCGAAGAAUGAGAGUGACUAUACCCCUUACAAGCCCUGUGGACUGGAAGAGGGAAGCAAGGAUCCGCAGUGCGACUUUACUGAAGGCGUGUAUCUUGACUAUCGCUCCUUCGACGAUCGGGAUGUCACGCCAAGAUUCGAGUUCGGGUACGGCCUUAGUUACACGGAGUUCGAGUACUCUGACUUGGCAGUCAAGGUUGCUGAGACAAGUGCUUCAGCUGCUGAUGAAGAUCUUUGGAGUACGUUUGCUACCGUUCAAGCUACAGUCUCCAACAUCGGAAAGCGAGACGGUGAGGAAGUUGUUCAACUUUACGUUGCUAUUCCGAAUAGUCCACCCAAGCAACUCCGAGGCUUUGAGAAAGUCAAGAUCAACAAGGGCGAAUCUGUCGAUAUUCCAUUUGAACUCACGAGACGUGACCUCAGCGUCUGGGACGUCGUCAAGCAGGAUUGGACUCUUCAGCCGGGCAACUACACCAUUUUCGUCGGCUCCAGCAGCCGCACCCUCCCCCUGAAAGAGUCACUGAACAUAGAAGUUUAG